UAUAGGUGUUUAUUUAUUGAGUGAAGAAAGAUAGAAAGCAACUUGUGGGUUUUUAUCCUCUCUCUCCUCUCUCUCUCUUAUCUAGCUAGUGUGAGAUUCUUGAUUCAUUUCCCCGUGUCUUUUUAUUGCUUCUGUUUCUCCUUCUCCAUUUCCAAAACCAAAAUAUCUCUUUCUGUGAUCACCCUUCCAUCUCCCAUCUACACUGAAAAAUGAGAGAAGGGAACAUGCAAGAAAAUGAUGAUCAGAGUCUUUCAGCAGCAGAUCACACACAUGCAAGCAAGAAAAGGAAGAUGGGUGAAAGAGUUGUGGUUGCUGUAAAAAUAGAGGGAAAUAGUAAGAAACAGCAGAGAAAUGAAGGGCCUCCAUCUGAUUGUUGGUCUUGGAGAAAAUAUGGCCAAAAACCCAUUAAAGGAUCUCCUUAUCCAAGAGGGUACUACAGAUGCAGCACAUCAAAGGGCUGCUCAGCGAAGAAGCAAGUUGAGAGGUGCAAAACAGAUGCAUCGAUGCUGCUCAUCACUUACACCUCCACCCACAACCAUCCAGACCCUGCACCUUUCUCUCUCCCCACCAAUCACUCUCCAAUUCAACAACAAGAGCAGGAAUUAGAGACAAACCCAGACGAAAUCGAAGCCCCGCCGCCGAAUUCCGGAGAGCAUCUUCAAUUCCCCCAAUCCCCACCACCGAAUUCCGGAGGCGGAAAUCCCUUUGAGGAAAUUCUUCAAACACCCGGCGUGCGCUACGAGGAGGAGGAGGAGGAGGAGGAGGAUCUGGGUUGCGAGGUGCUGAAAUCGGAGGAGAAUGAUUUCUACGACGAGCUCGAGGAGCUGCCCACUUCCUCCUUCUUCACGGCUUUCAUGAAGAGCGGUUUCUGUGAGGAAAGGAUUGCUGUAAAUCUAUCUUGAAAAGUGGUGUGUGUAUGUGUGUGUGUUUUUAGGUGAAAAAUGUUUGCUUAGUAGUAGUAUGUGUAUGUUCAUAUGGAAAAAGGAAAAGUGUGUAGUUUGCGUUGGCUCCAUUUUCUGCCCCAGUUUUACACGUGCGAGCGGACUAUCUAUUUAAAUCAUCCUUAAUUUUAAUUAGAAUUAGUAUUGUUGUCGCAA